UGGUAUAAGGGGUUCAGUCGAGCAGGUCGACAAGGUCCAAGAUUUACUAAAGGCUAUCGAUGAUCAGUUCGCUAUUUCAGACAAGGCAAUGGUGAGCACCCUGAUCAUACAGUUUUCAUCCUUGAGGCUCACCGGCGUAAGGGGUGUGCGUGAUCAUAUCAUGCGCAUGAGGGAUAUUGUGGCUUAGUUGAAAGUAUUGGAGGUUGAGAUGUCUGAAGCCUUCCUGGUUCACUACAUCCUUUGUACCUUACCUCAGCAAUAUGAUCCAUUUAAGAUAUCCUACAACACACAUAAGGACAAAUGGUCGAUCAAUGAAUUGUUGACCAUGUGUGUUCAGGAAGAGGGCAGGCUGCUUAUGGAGGAAAAGGAAAAGGAAAUUGUGAACUUUACUACCCCUGGGAAGUACAAGAAGAAGGAUCAAGCCAAGGACAAGGGGAAAGGGAAAAUCCCUCCUCAAAAGGUCAUUAAGAAAGAGAUUGUGUGCUUCUUUUGCAAAAAGAAGGGGCACGUUAAGAAACAAUGCUCCAAGUUCAUGAAGUGGCUUGAUAAGAAAGGAUUUACGAGACCUGCGGAAGCCGAUGGGAAGUGAGCACAACAUCUAUUUAGGAAAUAAGAUGCCCUCACAUGUGGAGGCCAUUGGCACGUGCAGAUUGGUUUUAAGUAGUGGUUUUAUUUUAAGUUUAGAAAAGACGUUUUAUAUUCCUAGUUUUUCUAGGAAUUUAAUUUUAGUUUCCAGACUUGUAUCAGAUGGUUAUUCCUUUAACUUUUCAGAUUUCAGAUUUAAAAAGAUUUCGGAUUUAAUUUGGUUUUUAAAUCUGAUG